AAGAAAUCUACCAUGACUGAUUAUUCAAAUAUACUUCAUCUGUUAAGCCCUGACCGCCGCAGCCUUCAAGGUGAAAAUAUUGUAUCCUGAACUCCUUUCUAGUGUCAUCGAGCAGAUUGCUGCGUCAUAAAUGAAAUCUACUUCGUAAUUCACACUCAGAAACUGAUCAGACAGUUAAAGGAAAGCAUCAAAAUACCUGAGCAUGUCCCCUCAAUGGUUCAGGGUUGUUGUAGUUACCCUUAUCCAACUGGUACUGGUUUUCGGUCAACACAGUGUUGGAGCAGAUUUCAGUAAUAACUGUGACGACUCGACCAAUUCCCUCUCAUGCAUCCAUACGUAUGACGACCUUUAUAACAACUUAGCAAAGUCAGACAACAGUUUUAACAUCGAGGCAGCUUUAUAUCCAGCCAGGAGGCCUUCUUCUGUCCGUGUGUUUGUGAAUUUACAUGGUCCCAUCAAGGCAGAGAACCCCAUGGCACGGUACACUUGGAGCCUUUCCUGCUUGUAUGUUGCUGUUCCACCACUCAUGCUGGAAGUUUUGUCCCUCGGGUCCAUCCUUGUAACGCCUCGGACUCAAACACUGAAUAUAGCUAUUCCAUAUUUCUGCUGCAAUGUGUCAAAGAAGGAGGAUGAAAGAAAGAAAAUAAUUAAAGAAACGAUUAAAAGAGCUCUUUCAGCGCUUCAAGAUCUGGCCAUAUCACCAGGGAUACGGGAUCCGAGGCUGAACACAGCGGAAUGUGUUGUCGAAGGCCACAAGAUAGACAUAGAAGCUACAGGACGCAGUGUGUAUAUCAAAAUAAUCCUGUGGUGUUCUUUUCUUUUCUCUUUGGCAGUUUUCCAUAUGUUAGCUUCAUUCAUUAAAUAUUGUAGAAUAGAGGGUUGGUCAGAGAAUACAACAACGGAAAACCCCAAUAUAUCCGGCCAAAACAUGAAAAAGAUCAGGAUCAAAUAUACUGCUAAGGCUAUCUUUUAUUUGGGUGUCUUGCUGUCAUUUCUUGGUUUCAGUCAACAAUUGGCGCUUCUUUUACUUCUUGUAAAUUUUUACAAGGACGAAGUUCUCUUAGACAUUGCACCUAUUUUAGUCUCUGUCUGGUUCGCAAUGGCAUUCAAUACAAUAACUGGCUUAGUCCCUCACAUCCGUAUUGUCUUUGAGAAUUAUUUUUCAUGGCUGAAGAGUCAUCAUACCUCGACAGAUUUGGCUGACGGGGAAGAAGGAAUGAUCUACUCCCAUUGGAGAUGUUUUCCUAAACUGGUCGCCUUUACAUGUGCGGCCACUACUAGUUUCUGUUCCUGUUGGAUGUUAAUCGGCAUAAUGCUUAACCCAACUUGGGGCUUGACUGUUACGCUCGUAAUAUGCUUUACAUUUGCCUCCUUUACUUAUGCAGUCUACGAAUAUCUUACUUUAGUUAGCUGCAAACAGGAAAAGGUAAAACCUAAUAAACUCCAUGCUCUAUUUCCUGGUUUGUUGGGUUUUCUUGCUGUUAUUUUUCUAAUUCCGGUAAUAGUAUUCGCCGGUCAGUCAUUUAAUGGGAGAGAAACUGCUGAUGAAACACUGAAAACCAUACUUAUGACUGCUCUUGGUUCUUUCAUUUCGUGGUUGUCUUGGAAGAGGCUUCUGAACAAAAGCCAAAAGUCAGAAGAGAAACAAUCGGGCGCUCUAGAUAAAAGCCAAGCAGGUUAUCCUUUAUUGGAGAAUGGUGAAAAUAUUGAGUCAGUUAACGAGAAACAAAGAGAAAAAGAGAUAACCAGAGAGAGCAACGUGUAGCAGAAUCUGGUUUCGUUGGCUCAAUACUCGCCGAUCUCCAUAUAUAGAAUAACAUUUUUCUUUGCGAUCGCUUUGUCUUCUUUUUUUCAAAAUUUGAAAGGUCAAAAUAGUUAUGAAAUGGCAGGAAAACUAUUUCCUAUCAUUGGUUGCCCCUUGUCUGCAAACUCACACAUUUGACAACAAAAUUGAAGAUUUCGACACUUCACUGAAAUUUUUUGCAUCACGAGGAACUAAGCACAAUAACAUAAGUGGUAAUGUCGGUUGUGUAGUAAAUACGCAAUUACGGAAAUUUUAAUAAAUAUUUUCUCAACAUAACGGUUUAAACUAAAAAACGAUCUGUCAGGGAGUUUUUUAGUAACAAGAGAGGGGGCAAGAUUUUUUAUUCAGUUCAUGAUAACACAGUUCAGGAACACGAGCGAAAUGGCUGUAUUGUUGUGUUACUGUUUGUUGUAUAAAUGUAGAUUGAGUCUAGCUUAAGAUCUAACAAGGAUUCAUUUUCUUCGUUGAUAAAGUUUUUUCUAUAAUUUUCUUGCCCUCAUCCAUGAAUCAGUCAAUAAGGACUGAAAAUGAGGAGUCUUGAUAUGUUUGAUUUUCAACUACGUCCCAACCCGCCUCCCCUACUCUCGUAUAAGUUUGUUUAUAGACCUUUUUGUUUCAUCUAUCCCUUUUCCAUCUUUGUGGAGAACACUAUUGCAUAUUUCCCUUGAUCUGAGUUAUUUGGCAAACUGUACAAGAGUCAGGGAAUUAAUUUCUUUUCCCUGAGACCAUCUUUUUGUUUGACUUAUGUUGGUUGUCUUCUGUUUCAUAGCUUCAAGAUUUGGCUGUUCUUCCAGGAUUACGAGACCCACAACUGAAUUCGGCUGACUGUCUCAUGGAGGGACAUCAACUAAAUCUUUCUGCUACAGAACACAGUUGGCGGAUAAUACCAAUUUUAGUCUUCUCCUUUCUCUUUUCAACACUGUUUGGGCCAUUGUUAGCCUUUUAUGCAACGCAAAAACGGGACGAACUGUCAUUGAUUAAGAAAAGGACAAAUUUCUUGUGCGUGUUUUUGUUAUUAACAUUCUGUGCUUUAUUUAUAGCAAAAGAGAUAACAGUCUAUACAUGUGUCUCCGAUAGGGAACUUGAUCCUCCUUGUAUUGAUGUAAAACAACCGGCCAUAGGAGUAUUUGAGGCAAUACAACCGGUCCUAGUAGGAGUUGGAGUGUUUGUCUUUUCUGUGGCAUUAUGUAAAGGGAAAACGGACAACCAGAACAAUCAAUCAGUAGUGCGCACCGUAGAGGUGAAGUCACUCUUUUUCAUAAUUUGUUCAAAUUUAGCAGCCUUCCAUUUUUGCUGGCUCUUAGUUGGUAUAAUGCUGAAUCCUAUCUGGGGUCUAGUUCUACUCCUAGUUUGCCUUAUUAUUGGUGUUGUAACCUUUGCAUUCUAUACCUUCGUGUCUUCAAUAACUUCUAAAAAAACCACGGAAAUAUCACCACCGAUUCCCGUAGUUGGGAUUGUUGUCAGUCGUUCUCCUCUUGUUUUGCUGGGUUCCUAGCUGUCUAUGGUCUUAUUGCUAUGGUGCUUUUUUCUGGGCAGUCAUAUAGUAGGAGAGAUACUGCCAAUGAAGCUUUGAAAGAAGCAGUGAUGUAUUUAAUCUCUAUAUUCUUUUCAUGGCUAUAUUAGUAGAAGUGGGUUAGUAAAAGUGACAAAUCUGGUGAUGGGCAAAGUAGGUCUGUUCAGACUACUCCUUCACUGUCGCAAAAUCGUCAGGUUCCAGAGCAUCGUGUCGAAAUGCAACCACUAAUAAGCCAUCAUGGCGAUGGAAAUUGAUCAACUUAUCCAAACACUUAAAUCUAGCCUCUCAAUCUGAAAAAAAAAAUCGCUGGAAGAGCAAAAACCAAAAAAUGACAGCUAACAACAAAAGUGCCUUUAAACAUUAAAUUUCUCAAGGGAACUCAGAAUUCAAUUUUUCCUUCAUCUCUUGCUAGUGACCAGAUGAAAAAACAUCUUUUUUCAAGAUAAAAUUUGUUUUCAUAUGUACGGUUCUUCAUUUGUUUCACUGUAAACCUUAAUAUUAUGGUAUAUGUAAACCAACGGAAAAUGUCUCCUUGACUAUAAACAUGGGAUUAAGAAUUGUCCGUUCAUUUACUAAUCACUUUCUGGUAACUCAGUGGAGAGUAUUUGGCAUUGUAUCAAUACAAAAGCCAGUCUGGCUGAUACAGUUAUCUUUUCUUUUUUCCUAUGUGCUAGAUAAUGUAUUGGUUUUCAAGGGAGAAGUUAUUACUUAAUGAUAAAUUUGACAUGCUGCAUAAUAAUUCAAGCUAAUGCUAUUAUAAGAUAAGAUGCUAUUCCUCAUACAUCUAAUUGUUUUUAGAAGUACAGCAUUUUUUAUAAAACUGUAGAAAUUAAUGAAAUAGAUUUCUUUUCCAACAUUGGGGUCGUCAAUGGAACAACGACCUGUUGUGGAGGUUUUUAGUAGCUAGGGAAAAAGCGACAUUAUUUACAGUUGCUGAAGAAAAAAAAUGAUUAGGUACACAAGCGAAAAGGCUGUGUUGUUGUAUUACUAUAUGUAGUACAAAAUUAAGAUUGACUCUAGAUUAGGAUCUAGCAAAGAGUAAUUUUUUCUUUGUAGAAGUUUGUCAUAUGUGACGUUUUCCAAGAUGUCAUUGUAUUUUAGGCAAACUCGGUUUGACUCUCGAGCAUAGUUGUUCUCCACUAUUGAUUGUUGACUUAGUUAAACUAGACUAGGUAAAUUACCUAAGCUAAAGUGAUAGGAAUUAUUUUUGCUGGUGUGAUCAGUUCAGGUAGAUUUAUUCGUCAGUGUGUGACUCUGAUUCCAUAAGAAAUCGUGUAAAGUAUCGUUUGGAUUUAUUACCAUCCAAUAAACUUGUGAAACUUCAAAAUAAA